CCCUAUUGUGGGCUCCCAAAUGGCGGCCACCAGCUCCAUGCUGGAGGAAGGGGGUGGGGAGCACUACAAGACUGAGGUCAUAAUGAACCCAAUCUAAGUUCCUUUCUUCUCGAACUAUUCCUUCCCACUUCCACAGCCAGGUGACUCUCUAGCCAAGCUAGGUGACCUGCGCCAAGAGACUUCCUAGGAAGCCGGGACUCUGGGACCCUAAGGAGGAAUUAAGUACUGACCAAGAGGGCCAAAUCCCAGCUUUGGGGUGGAGCCACAAAAAGGAACCGCCACUCUUAGUCAGAGGCGGAGCUGAGAACUGAGGGCUGGUUAGCUGCCCAGAAGGCCCUCAGGGCUUUGGGGCACGCUGAGCCCAGAAGGUGGCGUCGGUGCGCAGGACCCGCCGCGCCCACAGGCUGCCUUCAUUGGACCACGUGGCGGUGGUGGUAGACCAAGGCUCGGGCUUCACCAAGGCGGGCUUCUCUGGGGAGGUCCAGCCGCGUGUUGUGCUGAAGAGCUCUAGUCUGAGGCCAAGUUGGGACCAGCCUGUGCUGCCCGGACCUCGGGGUUGUGAGCUGGCGGGCGGCGUGGCUCGUGCACACCCCAUCAAGCACGGUGUGGUGGUUGACUGGGACGCACUGGAGGGACUGUGGGAGCGCCUAAUGGUGGGAUGCCUGCAGGUUCGCCCCGAGCAGUGGCCUGUGCUGGUGAGCGACUCACCAUCAGCACCACCGGAGGGCAGAGAAAAGGUGGCUGAACUGCUGUUCGAGGCCCUGGCAGUACCCGCGUGCCACAUGGCCAGCACGGCACUGCUGGCACUCUGCUCUACCGGAGCAUUCAGUGGGCUGGCUGUGGAGGCGGGCGCAGGAGUGUGCCACGCCACACCCGUCUACGCAGGUCACUCAUGGCACAAUGCCACCUUCCGUCUGAACGUGGCAGGCAGCACCCUGUCGCGCUACUUUCGAGACCUGCUGGUGACAGCAUCUCCUGAUCUUCCCCUGCAGGCUCUGCCCCGCAAGACCGUUACACAGCUCAAGAAGCGCUGCUGUUACGUGUCCCUAGAUUUCCAGGGUGAUAUCUGUGACCCUGCCCGCCACCAGAGGGCCUGUUUUUGCCUGGGCAAUGGCUGCUACGUGCACCUCGGCAGCGAGCGCUUCCGCUGUCCUGAACCCCUCUUCCAGCCAAGUCUCCUAGGCCACCCUGAGCCAGGACUGCCCACACUGGCCUUCCAGGCACUGCAGAAGAUACCCACAACACUGCGGACACGGCUGGCCAAUACGGUGGUGCUGGCUGGUGGUUCCACCCUUUUCCCCGGCUUUGUGGAGCGCAUGAAUCUGGAGCUACAGGCACAGUGUCGGAGGCAUGGGUAUCAGGCCUUGCAGCCCUGCCUGGUGGCUCAGCCUGGGCGGGGCACAGCUGUGUGGACUGGAGGUUCCAUGAUGGCCUCCUUGAACUCCUUUGAGUGCCGCUGGAUGACUCGGGCCAUGUACGAGGAGUAUGGCCCUUUUCUGGUGCGAGAAGUGUUCGAUUGAGCUUUCUACUGAAAUAGAAUGGAUGGUGGCACCGGGGGUACUGCAGGAACAGAGGCGGCAAUGCUGUCCUAACAUGGAGAAUCGGAUAAACAGAUUGAAGUGUUUGCAACUGGUGGGGUUAUAUGUGGAUGGGCUACCCUUUGCCCUUUGGGGGCUAACACUGGCCCUCAUUUUGCUUUCAUUUCA